AUGCCGCGGGGCCGCCCCCCGAAGCCCAAGGAGAGCAAGGCGCGCGGCGACACCGAUGGAGUUUUAACAUUGAAUGCGGAGAACACUAAUUAUGCCUAUCAAGUUCCAAGUUUCCAUAAAUGUGAAAUCUGUCUGCUGUCAUUUCCAAAAGAGUCCCAGUUCCACCGCCACAUGAGGGACCACGAGCGCAAUGACAAGCCACAUCGCUGUGACCAGUGCCCCCAGACGUUCAACGUGGAGUUCAACCUGACGCUGCACAGAUGCACCCACAAUGGGGAGGACCCGACCUGCCCUGUGUGCAACAAGAAGUUCUCCCGCGUGGCCAGCCUCAAAGCGCACGUCAUGCUGCAUGAGAAGGAGGAGAACCUCAUCUGCUCCGAGUGUGGGGACGAGUUCACUCUGCAGAGCCAGCUGGCCCUGCACAUGGAGGAGCACCGCCAGGAGCUGGCCGGCGGCCGCGCCCACACCUGCAAGGCCUGCAGGAGGGAGCUGGAGACGGCCGCGCAGCUGAAGGAGCACAUGAAGCACCACUACAAGAUCAGGGCGGCAAGCGCACGGUCCUACAACCGGAACGUGGACAGGAGUGGAUUCACGUACUCGUGCCCGCACUGUGGGAAGACCUUCCAGAAGCCCAGCCAGCUCACUCGGCACGUCCGGAUCCACACAGGCGAAAGGCCCUUCAAGUGCAGUGAGUGCGGAAAGGCCUUUAACCAGAAGGGGGCGCUACAGACGCACAUGAUCAAGCACACAGGAGAGAAGCCCCACGCCUGUGCCUUUUGUCCUGCUGCCUUUUCUCAGAAGGGGAACCUGCAGUCCCACGUGCAGAGGGUGCACUCAGAGGUCAAGAAUGGCCCUACCUAUAACUGCACAGAAUGCAGCUGUGUGUUCAAGAGCCUCGGGAGCUUGAACACACACAUCAGCAAGAUGCACGUGGGGGGGCCCCAGAGCGCCGCCAGCUCCGCGGAGGCCGCCCACGUGUUAACGGCCACGCUGUUUCAGACUCUGCCUCUGCAGCAGGCGGAGGCCCAGGCCCCAGCCGCGAGCCAGCCGGGCUCACAGGCCGUGACCGACGUCAUCCAGCAGCUGCUGGGGCUCUCGGAGCCCGUGCAGGCCCCGGCCCCCCCGCCCGGCCAGCCGCUCAGCAUCACCGUGGGCAUCAGCCAGGACAUCCUGCAGCAAGCCUUAGAAAACAGUGGGCUGUCUUCAAUUCCAGCUGCAGCACCCCCCAGCGACCCCAGCCACGCCAAGACCUCCGCCGCGCAAGGCCCCGACCCAGAGCUUCCCCACGGCGGCGAGCCAGCUGACCCUGCGGAGGCCGAGCCGGAGAAGGAGCAGGAGAGCCCCGAGAAGCUGGACAAGAGGGAGAAGAAGCUGCUGAAGAAGAAGUCGCCGCUUCUGCCCGGGUCGGUCCGCGAGGAGAACGGGGUGCGGUGGCACGUGUGUCCCUACUGCACCAAGGAGUUCCGGAAGCCCAGCGACCUGGUGCGCCACAUCCGCAUCCACACGCACGAGAAGCCCUUCAAGUGCCCGCAGUGCUUCCGGGCCUUCGCGGUGAAGAGCACCCUGACCGCGCACAUCAAGACGCACACGGGCAUCAAGGCCUUCAAGUGCCAGCACUGCCUGAAGAGCUUCUCCACGGCCGGGAGCCUCAAAGUGCACAUCCGCCUGCACACAGGGGUCAGACCUUUUGCUUGUCCUCACUGUGACAAAAAGUUCCGAACCUCAGGCCAUAGGAAGACACAUGUGGCUUCCCACUUCAAACACUCGGAGCUGAGGAAGACGAGGCACCAGCGGAAGCCCACCAAGGUGCGCCUGGGCAAGGCCAGUGCCCCCGCCCCUGACGUUCCGCUGCAGGAGCCGAUCCUCAUAACCGACGUGGGUCUUAUCCAGCCCAUUCCAAGAAACCAGUUUUUUCAAAGUUAUUUUAAUAAUAACUUUGUAAAUGACGCAGACAGACCAUACAAGUGUUUCCACUGUCACCGCGCGUAUAAGAAAUCUUGUCACCUGAAGCAGCACGUCAGGUCGCACACGGGGGAGAAGCCCUUCAAGUGCUCUCAGUGCGGGAGAGGCUUCGUCUCCGCGGGCGUGCUCAAGGCGCACGUGCGCACGCACACGGGGCUGAAGUCCUUCAAGUGCCUGGUGUGCAACGGGGCCUUCAGCACGGGCGGCAGCCUGCGGCGCCACAUGGGCAUCCACAACGACCUGCGGCCCUACAUGUGCCCCUACUGCCAGAAGACCUUCAAGACCUCCCUGAACUGCAAGAAGCACAUGAAGACGCACCGCUAUGAGCUUGCCCAGCAGCUCCAGCAGCACCAGCAGGCGGCCUCCCUCGACAGCAGCUCCGUGGACCAGCAGGGUGUGCACGUGUCCACGCAGAUGCAGGUGGAGGUCCAGAGCGACGAGCUGCAGCCGCCUGCGGACGCCGUGGCCACGAGCCCUGAGGCCAUGCUCACGCUGGAGCCGCAGCACGUCGUGGGCACGGAAGACGCGGGGCUGGGCCAGCAGCUGGCAGGGCCGCCUCUGGAAGCUGACGAAGACAGGUUUGUGGCUCCACAGCACACGCUGCCGGGGCACAUGGACCAGUUUGCAGAGCAGCCUCCUCCGCAGCAGGCCUUCGACCCGGCUGGCUUGUCGCAGGAUUUCACCGUUACCGACACGUACAGCCGGCAGGCGCAGUUCCCGCCUGUGCAGCAGCUGCAGGACUCGAGCACGCUGGAGUCUCAGGCUCUGUCCGCGAGCUUCCACCAGCAGAGCCUACUGCCGGCGCCCAGCUCCGCCGCCGGGAGCGCGACAGCUCCCUUGAUGGAGGAGCCGUCCCAAGAGGAGCUGGGCCUGCCGCCGCCCCGCCGCCAGUUCCUGGAGGACAGCGAGGACCAGAGCCGGCGCGCCUACAGGUGCGACUACUGCCACAAGGGCUUCAAGAAGUCCAGCCACCUGAAGCAGCACGUGCGCUCCCACACGGGCGAGAGGCCCUACAGGUGCGCGCUCUGUGGGCGCGGCUUCGUCUCCUCCGGCGUGCUCAAGUCCCACGAGAAGACGCACACAGGAGUGAAGGCCUUCCGCUGCAGCGUCUGCAGCGCUUCCUUCACCACCAACGGCAGCCUCACCCGGCACAUGGCGACACACCUGAGCCUGAAGCCUUGCAAGUGUCCCUUCUGCGAGCAGGUCUUCCGGACGGCUGUCCACUGCAGGAAGCACAUGAGGAGGCACCAGGCAGGCCCCUCCGCCGCAUCAGCACCUGGAGAGGCCGAGGGAGCUGGAGAUGUGGGUGUGGAGGACGAGGAGGACGGCGCGGAGAGAAACAGCUCGAGAAAGGUGCGCCCCGAGGUGAUCACCUUCACCGAGGAGGAGACGGCGCAGCUAGCCAGGAUCCAGCCCCAGGAGAGCGCUACCGUGUCGGAGCAGGUGCUGGCGCAGUCGGCCGCGGAGAAGGACCGCGUCAGCGAGCUGCGCGACCGGCAGGCCGAGCUGGAGGCCGAGCCCAGGUUCGCCAACUGCUGCUCCUACUGCCCCAAGAGCUUUAAGAAGCCCAGCGACCUGGUCAGGCACGUGCGGAUCCACACCGGAGAGAAGCCCUACAAGUGUGAGGAGUGCGGGAAGAGCUUCACGGUGAAGUCCACCCUGGACUGCCACGUGAAGACGCACACGGGUCAGAAGCUCUUCAGCUGCCACGUCUGCAGCAACGCCUUCUCCACCAAGGGCAGCCUGAAGGUGCACAUGCGGCUGCACACGGGCGCCAAGCCCUUCAAGUGCCCGCACUGCGAGCUGCGCUUCCGCACGUCCGGCCGGAGGAAGACACACAUGCGGCUGCACUGCGACCCCAAGAAAGCCAGGAAGUCCGCGCCCCGCAGUGCGCCCGAGGUGCUGCAGCCCGCCAGCCUGCUGAGCCCGACCCCCGCCGACCCCAGCGUGCUGGUCGUGAACAACUCGCUUCUGACCAGCCAGUUCGAUCCGAACCUGCUGCAGCCGGGACUGGUGAGCCAGGCCAUCCUCCCUGGCGCUGUGUCAGGUGGCAGCGACUGGACAGUGUCCCUGGCGGACGGGAGCCUGGCCGCCCUGGAAAGCAUCCAGUUACAGCUGGCGGCCAACUUGGUCGGGCCGAACGUCCAGAUCUCUGGGAUCGACGCCUCGGGCAUCAACAACAUCACGCUGCAGAUCGACCCAAGUGUCUUGCAGCAAAGCUUACAGCCCAGCAACCUGCUCGCUCAGCAGCUGACGGGGGAGCCGGGCUCGGCGCCGCACAGCAGCUCCCUGCAGACGGCAGGCAGUCCGGCCCCCGCCGGUGUGGUCAUCCAGCCCAUCUCAGGCCUGACCAUCAGCCCAAUGCCGGAGCAGGACUCUGUGCUGACCAGCGGCGGCGGCGGGACUCAAGACCUCGCUCAGGUGGUGCCGGCGCAGGGCCUGGUGUCCAGCUCCAGUGGCCCCCACGAGAUCACCUUGACCAUCAACAACUCCAGUCUCAGCCAGGUCCUGGCGCAGGCCGCUGGGCCCACCUCGUCGUCCUCGGGGCCCCCGCAGGAGAUCACCCUGACCAUCUCGGGUCAGGACCUCAUCCAGCACAGCUCCAGUGGCAGCGGUGAGCUGCACGGCGCCAUCAGGCUGUCCGGGCCCGCGGUCAGCGCUCCGUCCGCAGGCACCACCCUGACCAUCAGCAACGACCAGCUCCUCACGCAGAGCGCGGCGCUCGGCUCCUCAGAGCUCAGCGCUGCAGCGGGCGGCCUGCCCUCCACGGCGCCCACGUCCCCGUCGGCCGUCUCCGCGCAGAACCUCGUCAUGUCUUCGUCCGCGAUGGGAGGCGAGGCCAGCGUCACCCUGACUCUGGCGGACACUCAGGGCUUGCUCUCAGGGGGCCUGGACACGGUCACACUCAACAUCGCCUCCCAGGGUCAGCAGUUCCCAGCCUUGCUCACCGACCCCUCUCUCUCGGGCCACGGAGGAGCAGGCUCGCCACAGGUCAUCUUGGUGAGCCACACCCCACAGCCGGCGUCCGCUGCUUGUGAAGAGAUCACCUACCAGGUGACCGACGUCUCCUCCCACCUGGGCCCGGGCGGCGCGCUGGAGAAGGAGGGCCGGCAGCACCCCUGCCGGGAGUGCGGGCGCAGCUUCUCCUCGUCCGCCCUGCUGCUGCACCACAGCAAGGACGCGCACGGCCGCGAGCGCAUCCACGUGUGCCCGUCCUGCAGCAAGGCCUUCAAGCGAGCCACGCACCUCAAGGAGCACAUGCAGACGCACCAGGCGGGCCCUUCCCUGAGCUCCCGGAAGCCCCGGGUCUUCCAGUGCGGCGCCUGCGAGAAGGCCUUCGCCAAGCCCAGCCAGCUGGAGCGCCACAGCCGCAUCCACACAGGGGAGCGGCCCUUCCGCUGCGCGCUGUGCGAGAAGGCCUUCAACCAGAAGAGCGCGCUGCAGGUGCACAUGAAGAAGCACACGGGCGAGCGGCCCUACAAGUGCGACUACUGCGUCAUGGGCUUCACGCAGAAGAGCAACAUGAAGCUGCACGUGAAGCGGGCGCACAGCUACGCCGGAGCCUUGCAGGGACCCGCCGUCCCCCAGGAGCAGGGCGCGGAGGAGCUGAGCCAGACUCUGCACCUGGAGGAGGUGGUGCCCGAGACCGCUGGCGAGUGGCAGGCGCUGGCCAAUGUCUUCUGACAGCCCGCGCCCUCCAGCGUCCCGAGCUCCGCGCUGUGCAGAGCGAAGCACUUGGCAUUUCUGCUCAGAAGCUUCAAGUGUUGAACAUGUUACCACAGUAGGUUUUUAGCUAUAAAAUUAUCUAAAGAAUCAUUGUCUGCAGAGACUUAGGAACAGACGGGGGAACGUCACCGCCUUCCCAUUCGUCUGAAACCCCGCGCUCAGGUCGCGCAGGCAGGGCCUCUGCCUGUGGCCCUCGCGUCGGUCACAGCAGGUCGGCUGGUCUCCAUCAUUGUCGUUGAUUUCCUUGUGCUGCGUUACGGAGACGCUCACGUGGAGAGGCCGUGUUCCCGCGCUGUCCUGAGCGGCUCUGCCCACAGAGCGAGCGAGCGCGCGCGUCAGGUGGUGCACGCAGCUCGGAAGCGGCAGGGCCCGGGAGGUCUUCCGUGUCUUCCCUGUGCGUUUGGAAGGUAGAGAACUGACUCGUUUUCAUCUGCGAUAAGUUCACAGAACUAAAUACCUGGAGAGAUGGCUGGACCAGUGCUCUCCGCGUUACCGUGCUAACCACUCGUUCCAAGGGGGCAGCCUUUGGGCGUGAGCCUCGGGAGUGGAGCGGCCGGCGUGGUCAGGAGGGCCCGGUCCGCAGGCCCGCCGCUGCCUCGCCGCCGCACGCAGGUCCUCAGCGCUCGCUCCCCACAGAAGUGACGAAGGAGCUUGGCCCUGCUCACCGACCCCGACUGUCUCUGUGGUCGGAGGGCAGAGCCCGGCCCCCCGCUUCCUCUCGCAUCGGCAGGUGUUCAUUCCAGGGAAUUCUGGUCUCAUCGGUGGCGCCACUCACCGCGCCCAUGCUGGGGCUCCCGCAGCGUUCCAAAGACGGGACUUCUCCCCGCGGAUUUCCCUCCAGUAUUUAUAUGUUCUAUAUAUAAGUGCACAUGUACAUAGAGAUAUAUGAGCCUCUGUGUGGCUGAGCAGUAUAUUUUGUAAAUACGAGCCCUCGUCCCCGCCAGAGCGCGGCAGCGUCGUCACUGUGAGCACCUCAGACGGUGUCGUGUUCAUUCUCUUCGUCGGUGGGUCUUUCGUUGUGACGUGAAGCUGGGCUGUUCUCGUUUUCCUGAAAAACAGUUGCGUCUGUUCUCGCAUCGCCGCCGUCUCAGAAGAGGUGGUUCUGUUAUAAAUAGUGUGCGGACUUGCACAGCGAGGGGCCUUCAGGCCCCCGGAGAAGAGACAUUUCACUCUUAUUUUUUGAAAGGGCCUCUCUUGAUUCUCAUUCGUCCCCUUGGAUCUGUACAUAGUGAUGCUGAUGCAACA